GCGGACGCAGACGGCAUCGCAGCCCCGACCAUGCCCGCCCCGGACUGGAGGCCGGGGCCCCCGGACCUGUUCCACAUGAGCGUGGAGAGAAAGCCGCUUGAGGUCCUGGGGCUCGACGUGGGCAACACCGCCGGCAACAAGACCGGCGCGGUUAUCCUGAACCUCUGGGAGAACGGUCUGCUCAACAAGUGGAGCGCGAACCACCCCGAGAAUCCGCUCAAGGUCGGCUACAUCAUCGUGGAGGUGAACAAGGCGCACGGCUUCUGGGAGAUCUUCGAGCAGAUCGGGAAGGUCGGCGUGCUGAACAUGGUCAUCCAGCGCAACCCCCCGAGGCAGGGCUGGCACGACGAGGUCUCCCACCUCGGGCCCUGCAGCGGUGCGGCUCCUCCGGGUCGCUGCGCCUGCUCAGCUCGGCCUCCACGGGCGACCCGCAGAGCGUGGCGCAGACCGCGGAGGCCCUGA